AUGGGUCAGGUGGCCAAGGAUUUACAACUCCUUAAAACAUUGCACAGGACCAGACAACAAGUUUUUAAAAAUGACGCCAGAGCAUUAGAAGCAGCCAGAAUUAAGAUAAAUGAAGAAUUCAAAAAUAAUAAAAGUGAGACUUCUCCUAAGAAAAUACAAGAGCUAAUGAAAAUAGGUUCUGAUGUUGAACUGUUUCUCAGAACACGUGUUAUACAAAGUAUUCACACAGACCACAAUACAUUGAAACUGGUUCCUAGGAAGGACCUUCUUAUAGAAAAUGUGCCAUAUUGUGAUGCUCUAAUUCAGAAGCAAUGAAUUUUCUAGGAUAAAAUCAAAUCUUUGUACUUUUUAAUUUUAAAAUAUAUCACUUUGGAAAAAG